UAAUCGAUGGCAGUUUGAUCGAGCAUGAAAAUAAGUAAACAUACACGGUGCCGUAGUUGCAUGCAAAUGCUGUCGAGGCUUUAUCGUUGAUAUAAACCUAAAUUUUGCCCUUAAAUUAAUGGUGAUUUAAGGAAGGACGUCUGCUCGUGUAUGGAUACUGUUGCUAAGGGGCAUGUUGGGGGUUUAGCCUGUCGUUAGCAUUGCAGCUCAGCGAAGCUAACGUUUUCUGACAUGGGCCGAGUGAGCAUUAUGGAGAAAAAAGUUGGAGAAGAUGUGGAUUCUGAUGAUCUGCUGAAGACUUCGUUGCACUGUGACGACAAGGAUAAGCUUCGUAGAAAGUUGGCAUUGUUACAGAAGGAAUACCUGAGGACAGCCCGAAGACUGAAGCGUGCAGAGCGGUUGGAGGCAGUGAGGAAACAUGUUCGGAACAGAAUCACGGAGCAGAACCACCAGAAUCAGGGAUGCUCAGGCGGCACAUCUAACCCUCUUCUCCAAACAUCCUCAUCUUCACGAGCUGCCGCUGAGACUACCGCAGCCUUUUCUGAGUGCCAGGGCCUCAGUGGAGAUCCAGCUGGUGAAUUCAGGAGGACUCAAACAAUCAAGUUUCUUCUCCCCUCUGAUGCAGCGUGCACGCCGCCCCCCGAUGCCAGCCUCGAUCCAGCUGGAAACCACAAAGCCAGUCCUGCCCUGCGGCUCAGGUCUCGAAGCAGCCGCUUGCGUUGGGAAAAGAGAACCGCUGAAGCUAGCAGGAGCACAGACAACAGUGAGGAUGGACUUGAGCAGAGCGGGAGGACAGAGGGUGUGAGAAGUGAGGGAGAGGAAGGCAAAGUCAAGUCAGAGGGAGCAGAGGUCAUCAAGGAAAGUGAAGAGAUUACGACUGCUUUGGAGUGUGAGUCCCCUUCUGUGCUGCUUCCACACUGGAACACCUGUGGAGGAGCAGGAGAAACGGAAGCACAGGAAAAACAAGGAGGUCAACAACAUCAGGAGCAGACUGAGAAAAGAGAUUCAGUCUCAGCCUCUUCACCUCUGAUGCAGUGGAGCCCUGCUGUGAACACUGAAGGUAGACAGAUACAUGAAGAAAGCCGGCAGGAAAAACCUGUGCAACAACAAAGAGGGGACAUGGAGCAAACUCAGGAUAGCACUUUAAAAAUAAAAGAUGACAAAGACACCGCAGGAAAGAAUCUCAUGGACUCCUGUACUGUAGUUGAAGGACUACUUUAUCCAGCGGAAUACUACAUCCGGACCACAAGGCGGAUGACAUCUGCACAGAGCCAGCCUAACGUGCAGGCCAUCGUACUGUCCCAGUUCAGCCAGGGUCGAGGUCGUAGGAGAGGCCGCGGGAGAGGCUUCAACACCAACAGGUGUUCAGAUCAGCACACUCAGACAGACUCCUCCCUUCUGAGUGAGCCCGCAUCAUCAGGUUCUCGCGUCCACUUCGAUGUUCAGGCUCUUGACAAGUCUGCUGUGUACGAAAAUCAGACACCUGAGCAGACCAACACUGAGGCACGUUUGGUUUCUACAUUAGGCACUUGUCGCCCAGUGAGGAGUAGCAGCAGGAGGAGGAGAAGAGGUCGAGGCAGAGGGACGUGUCUUGCCGCACGGCACUCCUCUGGUUUAGAAACUCCUCCUCUUUGCAGUAAACAAACAUCAGAUGAUUCCCAGCCACUCAGCGGCAGUGUCGAUCCGUCUGUGUCUUCAUCUGGAGCUGAGGGGCUAAAGACUGAAGUUGCUGCUCCAGUGCCUGAUGAUCCCCAACCUCUGUCUCCUCGUGCCACAGAUGCCCAGAGUUCCUCUGGAGUUAAUGGGACACCAUCAAGCACCACAUCUUGCCAUCUGAAGAACAUCCAUCCCAUCUUUUCACAGAGGAGCUGCCAGACUACAAGAUCCAUGCAAAUGGAGAGAACAGACUGGCGGCUGGUCCGCUUGCCUUCCUCUUCACCAGCCGAGAACUCUCUGCUUCCUUCCUCACUGUUUGACAGACUGGUCAACUUUGACAUCCAGCAAGAUUUCCAUCUCCCUGAUGACCAGUUUGCCUCCCUGAAGCUGCACAAGCUCCGACAAGUCGCCGUGGAAUUGGAGCUCUUCACAUCUCCAUCUUACAAUACACGCAGCAGCAGCGCAGUGACGCCUCUGCCCUUCACACUCAGUCUCACACCGACAGUGCAAAGUUUGCCACCUACAACUGGAGAAUCUUUAAACCAGCAGUCCUCGCUUGCAUUGUCUCAGACAUCUCCAGGAUCCAUGGUUGCUCCUCAAUCAGUGCAUCAGUCCGCAGAAGAACACCUGUCUGAUGGAGACACCACAGAAGCUGCUGAAGAGAACCGGGAUGAAAACAUCUGCACAAAUUGCCAGACGCUCACCCGCUCAUCACUGUGGGUUUCGGCGGUUCCUGAGUGUGUUGACAACUCUGUAGAUCAGUGUGAAGAGCCGAAUCCUCAGAGUAGCCACAUAGACGACUCAUUAGAUGUCUGUGUCGUUCCACAGCCUGAUCUCAACUGUACAGUCCAACUUGACCAACCAUUUGCAGAACAGCUGAAAGAGUCCGUCGUGCAUUCGGACAAACUUCAAAUAAAACCUGCUUCAGAUAUCUCUGAGCAACAGACAGAUUGUCUUGUGGAGGAUCAGCAGCCUACACAUCACCAAACAGAAGACGGGACACUCAUGGAGGAUCUGUCAUACUUGAAUUGUCCUCCAGAAGAAAACACUGCAGACUCUAACAGUUGUUGCACAACCAACUGCGCUGCUUUGAAAACAUCUAAUGACUCUGAAGCUGAUGCAGAAAAAUCAGCUAUUGAUUCAAAGUGUUUGACUGAAGAACAUUGUGAAACCAGCACAGAUCCUCCAGAGGAGGAGUUGACUGAAAGUAAAAAUGAGGAUAAGUGUUCACCUCACCGUAAUGUUCACUCUGAGCUCCUGCUGAGCCCCUCCAUAACACCACACACAAUCUCAUCCGCUGUCCCUUCCAGCCCCCCACUGCCAUCUCUUGGACUGACACCAAACUCCGUCACAACCGGCCAAGUUCUAACCUCACCAUCUCUUCAUAAACCCUCCACUCCUCCGGCUCAAUCUCCCUGUCCAUCCCUCACUUCCGCCCUUCCGCGUCUUCCUCCUGUGUCUUUUCCUGAUCCAAUCCAGGGUUUUUUGGAGCUUCCAGCUCCCUGCCCAACUGUCACCGCUGUCCAGGAGACUUGUACAAACGAGCGUCAAUGUGUUGAGAGAGAGGCUGGGAUUGGACAUGUGGUGACAACAGAAGAGACGGCAAAGGAGGACAUUAGACCCACACAUACAUUAAAGGCCCCAGCAGGAGGCUCUCUGGUGGAUGCCUGCUGUCUGCUUGGAUCUUCAGGUGCUUUGUACGUUGCAGCAGCAGGAAAGUGGGCGGUGUGCAUCUGGAGCCAAACAUCACCAUCCGAUUGGAGCUUAAUGCACACCUGGACCUUCAGUAAGCCUGUCAUCAAUGUGUUUUCUGUCCCGGAUGCUGUUGAUCUGAUGUAUGUGACUCUAGGACAGCUGGAGAUCAGAGAGGUGAGGAUACUAUCAUGCUCCACCCUCUCUGAUGUACUGCUGUGUGAGGGCGUGGUCCAGGCUGUUGUGGGUGUGCCCAAGUCAAGAGUGGUUAGCUCCUCCCACUCAGCAACGGGAUCCGUGCUGCAGGUGUUCACGCUGUCGGACAGCAGGUGCGUGCACAGCUCUCAGCUGCUCGUGUCUCCUGGCGUUUGUGUCCGGGCCCUCGCUCCAGUCGAGAGGCUUUCAGAUGCUCUGAUCGGGACCGAUGAGGCAGGACACGUCUUUGUUUGGAAUUUAAGGAGUGGACAGCUGCUGCGAAGGAUGGUCCUCGGAGAGGGUUUGCUGCACUCGGCCUGCCUCCGAGGUUACUCCUGCAGUGGGGUGUUGUUUGUCCUUCUGCAGCAUCACUUCCUCAGCUCCCUGGAGGACAAACAUGACACCGAAGGAAAAGAAGAAAGCCUUUCCCAGGAGGAACGGCAGCAGGAAAAGAAGACGGCCCUGUUCUCCUUGAUCGCCAUGAACCCUCUGAAUGGGAAGUCUGUGCUGGCCACUCGUCUGUACCCACACAAAUCCUGGACGGGAAGGCUGUGCGAAGCCGAUGUUUCCGGCUCGGCAGUGGUCGGCUUGAGCCAGACCGGCUGCGUGUGUGUGUGGGACGUCAGCAAGCACGGCGGUGUGAGGAUGGUGAAGCCGACCGACAGAGACGGCUGGCUGCUGGCUCGCUGGGGGGAGCGGGACACACUAGUGACGGGUCACCACAGCGGAAACGUUACUUUGCACUACUGCACUGAGUUACGUGCCUCUGCUCUGCUAACAAACACGUUAGUCUGACGUGCAGUGAACACAGCAUCACAGUGUGGACACUUUAAAUUUCAUUCCUCAUCUGAAGGUGAUAAAAAUUCCACCUGCAUGUUUUUCCUUUAAUUUUCACUGUGCAAUUUUGUUUCAUCAGACCUACUUUUAAAAUAAUCACUGUUUCAGGGGGGAUUUUCAAAAAAAAAAAAAAAAAAAAAAAAUUACAUUUCUUGUUCCCGACACUGUAAACAAAUGUCUCAGUCACUGAAGAUGUUUUUAUUGUUCAUCUGGCCGCCAUGUUUAAGCGUUCCGUCAAGAUGUGCAUGUGAUAGUAUAUUAAUGUUAUUUUUAGACAUAGGUAAUCCACAUGUGAAAAAUACUGUUUUAUUGCUGUUUGUUCUUUCCUGUUAAUAUUGUCAUAUUAAAAGUUGUUAUAUUUAAAAAAAAAA